CACAAGCGAAGCGUCAAGGCAGAGUAAAUAUUCGCUGGAACAUUGCAGGAGAGCGGAGAGUCUUCUCGUUGCCAUGAAGAUCCUGCCCACUGACUCAUUGACUUCACUCAAGCUCUGGUAUUUCCCUACAAGAGGUCGUGCAGAGUCUGUACGUUUGAUGCUGACGGACCAGGGUAAACAGUGGGAAGAGGUCACUGUAACCGGACAGACGUGGGGCACUCUAAAGAAGAGCUGUCUUUUUGGCCAGCUGCCUAAACUGGAAGAUGGAGACUUGACUCUUUUCCAAACCAAUGCAAUUCGACGCUAUUUGGCACGCAGACUUGGGGUUUAUGGGCAAAAUGAAAAAGAAACCGCUUUGAUUGACAUGAUGGAUGAAUCGCUGACAGAUCUUCAGGCUAAAUACAUGAAGCUCAUCUACCAAGAAUAUGAGUCUGGAAAAGACAAAUAUCUGCAGGAACUGCCUCAAAAUCUUGCCCGAUAUGAAAACAUUCUGAGCUGCAACAAAGGAGGAUUUCUGGUUGGCUCACAGAUCUCUUUGGCAGACUAUAUUUUGUUGUUGCUGCUCUUAAAUCAUCAGGUUCUCUCUCCAUCCUGUCUGGACUUGUUUCCCAUCCUGAAGAGUUAUCUGGACAGACUGUGUUCUAGACCUAACCUGAAGGCCUACCUCCAGAGUGAUGCCUUCAAGAACAGACCCAUCAAUGCCAAUGGAAAACAGUGAAUACAUUCAUUUGAAUUGUCAGUACAUCUGAAAAUUCACUUGCUAAUUGAAAUGUGUCAAGUUACAAUUUUCUAAAAAUCAUUUUCUAGUUAUCGGUCUUAUUUAAUCUGAAUGAUCAUUUGUCUUUCAUAUGUGAUAUAGGUAAUAUAUAAUUACCUCGAUUAUAUAUAAUAAUCGAACAAUAGCAACAACAUAGUUGAUUAUUUUAAUAUCAUGUGUUCCAGUUCAGUUUGUAACAGCCAUGAUUCAGCUCAUGAAAUCCUAAAUAUAAUUAAAAAAAUAAGAAUAAUACAAAAAUAUAUUUACAUCCAUUUACUGAAGGUUUUUUGCAUGUUUUAAUGAAAUGCUUUUAUUAAAUUCAUCUCUGUUUCAUAUAUUUGUUGAUAAAAUGUUUAUAAAAUUAUGUAAUAAAAAUGUAAUAAUAAAUCUAAUCUGUUUAAUUUGUUAACAAAUCAUUCAGUUUUUGUGACUCGGAUGAUCCAACUCAAAGGAACAAUUAGUUCAUGAAACAUCGCUAUUACACUAACCAAAACUUGUAAUUGAGACACACACACACACACACACACAAUAAGAAAUAAAGUUAAUAAAUAAAGAAAUUG